AUGAAUAGACUCACAUACUUCUGUGUGUUAUAUUACUUUGCUCUGGUAAAUACUCAGUCAUCCAUAGGAAAUGGAUGCCAACGUGGUGACGGCUCCUCUGCUCCACCUGGAGAAAUGUGCAUUUUCACCAACCAGUAUGGAGAGAGUAGUGAGGAGAAACAAGGUUUCUCCUGUGACAAGUGUGAUUUUGAAACCAAUCUAUGCAGAGCUCUUCAUGAAUUUAAUUUACAGCCUGGAUGGAUAAGAAGAAAUGGUCAAUCUGGCAUAGGACCACCAUACUCUGACCACAGCGGGAAUGAGAGCACUUAUUUCCUCUCAUUGUCCCCUGAAACGCAGUCCUCUUCUGCAACUUUAAGGACAAAUGUUUUCCUUCCAACUGAUGAAGAACAUGUCUGCCAGAUUAGAUUUCAUUACUGGGUCAGUCAAAUGAGUGGAACAUUGAUGGUGGGACUUCAAAAGCACUCUGAAGAUACUGUUACAAGUAUCUGGCAAGUUUCAAGAGAGCUACAAAGUCAGUGGAAAGCAAAUACCAUAACAAUCAAUAGUACCAAGAAGUUUGAGGUUAUCUUUUGGGGCAUGGUGGAGACCCAGAGACAAGAUGAAACUGUUGCCAUUGAUGAUAUUACUUUCAGUGAAGGAUGUUCCCUGGCAUAUGAACCACAGACUUCCAGUUUUGAGCUUGACAUAUGUGAGUGGCAUUCUGACCAGCUGGCUGAGCCUUCUCAGUGGGCACGGCUGCAAGCUGAGCACAAGAUUGCCUCCUGUUCCCUCCUGAAGGAUUGGAGCAACAACACUGAAGGCCGUUUUGAAUGGUUAGAAGCUAAUGACAAUGCAUUAUAUGAAAGUGCUUAUCUAAACAACUCCACGUGUCAUUGCUCCAGCAAGAAUUGCCAGUUUCAGUUUCAUUACUCCAUGGCAGAUAACAGUGAUCUCAAGGCAGUACUGUUUAUUAAUCAGGAGGAAUAUGUCUUAUGGGAAACCAAUUUCAUGACUAAGAAGGAAUGGGUCAAAGUAAAUAUACAGCUACCAAGAGGACUAGAAAAAUUAAAGCUUAUGUUUAAAGGAACACUCCAGAGCAGGGCAGGUUUCAUUUGUCUGAAUAACAUCCGGCUCUUGGACAUUGCACCAUCAGAGCCACCAGGUUUCUGCUUCUUAGAAGAAUUCACCUGCAGGGAUGGGCAGUCCACAGUACUUGGAUCAGCUUGUGACUCCCACCCAGAUUGUUCUGAUGGCAGCGAUGAGGACCCAGCAGCCUGCUCUAAUUACACCUUAUGUGAUUUUGAGACUGACCUUUGUGGAUGGAGGCCACUGAGUAGAGGUGAUGUUGACUGGAACAUAAUGAAAGAACAGGCUCCCCUUGACAGGAAACUCCCUGGCAAUGGUCAUACAACUAAUAUAAGGCAUGGAACAUUCAUUUACUUCAGUGGAUCACAUCAGACGAAUACAAAGGUGGCCAUGUCUCAUCUGGGGAGCCCUUUUCUUCUCAAACCGUCCCCUGGGCUCUCCUGCUGUCAGGUAAGAUUUUGGUACAGGUUAUCUCAGGGGUCCCAGCUUUCUGUCUUUAAGAGAACUGCAUUGGAUGGAAGUUUGGAAAAAUUAUGUGACAUUUCAGGAUCACCUGAGAUGAAGUGGACAAAAGGGAAUAUACUUGUAGAAAGUGCAGCUGAGGAAUUACCCUUUCAGAUUAUUUUAAGAGGUACUAUUCUAACAACAAAUGCUACUGUUGCUAUUGAUGACAUCAGUAUAACAGAAGAAUGUGUAGUUGUGAAUACAUCACUUCCAGAUGUCAGUCAGGAAAGUGAAGCUGCUGUAUGUGACUUUGAAAGAGAGAGCUGUGGCUGGGUUGAAACUGUAAACACAGAUGAAUUUGAUUGGGUGAGAAGUUCCAGUAGUGCUCUUCCACCUGUGUUUCAGAAGCAAGCUCCUCCACGGGAUCACACCUACAACAAGUCUGAAGGUCAUUUUAUGUUCAUUCUGAAGAACAGCACCAGCAUUUCACAAAUAGCUCGGCUACGAAGCCCAAAGUUCAGGCAAACUGGAGCAAAUUGCACACUGUCCUUUUGGUAUUACAACUAUGGACAGUCAGUUGGGGCAGCAGAGCUCCAAUUGCUUGUAGAUGGACUGAAACCUACUGUCCUUUGGAGGACAUAUUACAACGAGGGAAGUCAAUGGUUGAAGGCAGUCAUUCAGCUUGGACGACUUCCACAUGCUUUCCAAUUUUCACUUGAUAAAAUCAGUCUGGGUUUUUAUGACGGUGUCUCAGCAAUUGAUGAUAUUAGGUUUGAAAACUGUGCUCUCUCACCUCCAGCACUAAGCUGUGAAGGUCCAAAUCACUUCUGGUGCAGAGACACAAAAGCAUGCAUUGACAGUUUGUUGGUCUGUGAUCUUGUGGAUGACUGUGGGGAUGGAUCAGAUGAAGACGACUGUAAUCCUGACCUACAGUGUAACUUUGAAAAUGGGCUGUGCAAUUGGGAGCAGAGUGUAAAGGAUGACUUUGACUGGAUCAGAAUACAAGGUCCAACCCCCACGGUUAAUACAGGUCCUUUAAAGGAUCACACAACAGGCACAGUCAGGGGACACUACAUUUACAUGGAAUCCUCUGGGCCACGCCAAUUCCAAGAUAAAGCAAUUUUGCUUAGUCCUCUCUUCAACCCUUCUGACAAUGGAACCUGUGUUUUCCGCUUUCAUUAUCACAUGUUUGGAAAACAAGUUUACAAGCUGUCAGUCUUCCAAAGAACUAUGAGUAAUACUAGGGGAUGGCCAUUGUGGUACAAGUUUGGAAAUCAAGAAAAUAGAUGGAUCAGACAAACACUCCACAUCAGGAGUUCUAAACCAUUUCAGAUCUUGGUGGAAGGUACUGUAGGCGAUGGUUUCACUGGAGACAUUGGACUUGAUGACAUGUCUUUUCUAGGCUGUACUCUUUACAAUGGAAACUUGCCCACUGUCUCUACAACUACUUCAGGAACUUCAGUUCCUGCCACACUCCCCAUGAACAACUGCACAGAGAAGGAGUUUGUCUGUAGAGCCUCUGGUCGCUGCAUCCACAUGACGCAGAAGUGUGAUUUCAGACCUAACUGCUCUGAUCAGUCUGAUGAAUCAGAUUGUGUUAUGGAAGUCUGUGACUUUGAAGAUAAAAACCUCUGUGGAUGGCAUCAACCAGCCUCUGAACAGAUGUCAGGAAGUUAUUCCAUACAUACCACAAACAUAUUCAAGUGGAAACUUGGAAGAGGGGCAAAUCUCUACCCUGAGCAAGAGCAACACAGCCCAUUAACUGAUCAUACUACGGGUACUGAAGAAGGAUGGUAUCUGUUUACAGACAGCUCAAAUGGAGAAUUUGGUCACACAGCUGACUUUGCUACCCCAGUCAUCUCCUUUACAGGCCCCAGAUGCAAAGUCAUAUUCUGGAACUACAUGAAUGGUUCAACAAUAGGUUCUCUGGAGGUACUCUGUAAAACCAGUAACAGGACUUCUAAAUUGUGGACUCAAAGUGGCAGCCAAGGUCCCCAGUGGAACAGAGCAGAAGUGUUCUUGGGAAUUCGAUCAAAUUUUCAGGUUAUUGUCAGGGCAAAACGUGGUGUCAGUUACAUGGGAGAUGUGGCAGUGGAUGAUAUUACCUUUGAAGAUUGUUCCCCUUUGCUCAUCUCAAGCAAACCGUGCACAUCAGAGGAAUUCACAUGUGCCAACAAGUACUGCAUCCCAAAGAAUAAUCUGUGUGAUUUUGUAAAUGACUGCGCAGACAACUCAGAUGAAAGCCCUACUACUUGCAGUACAUCUAUUGGGCAUUGCAAUUUUGAGUUUGAUCUUUGUGGAUGGAAGCAAGAUGAAAAUGAUGAUUUUGACUGGAACCUGAGAACUAGCAGUACAUCAAAAUUGGGCACUGGACCAGCUACUGAUCAUACACUGCAAGAGCCAACUGGUCAUUAUAUUUUUAUAAAGAGUUCAUUUUUUCAGCUGCCAGGACAGAAAGCUAGGAUUUCCAGUCCUGUCCUAAGCAGAAGGAAUAAAAACUGCAAGAUAAUUUUCUAUUACCAUAUGUAUGGAGCUCACAUCGGAUCAUUGAUUGUCUACCAAAGAACUACAUUAAAACAUGAAAGAAUUCUUCUUAAUCUUACCGGAAACCAGGGAAAUUUCUGGCAGCGCAAGGCACUGACGCUGGCUGGAAAUGGAAACGAAGAUUUUCAAGUUGUCUUUGAAGGGAUAGCUGGAAACGGUCCCAAAGAUGGCAUAGCACUCGAUGACCUUACGUUUUCCAAGGAGUGCUUACCAUUGCAGGAGUUUUUACCAGCAGAACCCACCAAGCUGCCUCCAACAGGCUCCUGUUCACAUGGCCAUCAGCAGUGCCAGAAUGGCAACUGUUACAGACCAGAACAAAGCUGUGAUUUUGAAGACAACUGUGGGGAUAAUACAGACGAGAGUGAAUGUGGAACUUCCUGCACCUUUGAGAAUGGCAGAUGUGGCUGGAAAAAUUCUCUGGCUGACAAUUUUAACUGGGUGCUAAGGAUCAGCUCGCCUCAAAGUCUUAGACCUUCUAGGGACCACACAUUUGGAAAUAGAACUGGACACUUCCUGUAUCUUGAGGCCACUGCAGUAGGCCUAAUGAAUGAAAAAGCCCAUGUGAAGAGUUCCGUAUGGAAAGAAUCAAGUAGGACUUGUGUGAUGAGCUUCUGGUACUUCAAGUCAUCAAAAGCCAUGGGACAUAUUCAGGUUCUGAUUAAGACUGAUGAUGGGAUUGUGAAAAUAUGGAGUGAAUCAGGAAAUCAUGGUUAUGAGUGGAACAAAGUUGAGUUACACUUGGGGAAGCUGAGGAAUUUCGAAGUUAUCUUUGAAGGCAUUCGUACCAGAGACUUAGGAGGAGGAGCAGCAAUAGAUGACAUCGAGUUCAACAACUGCACUACAGUUGGAGAGAAUCCCAGGGAAUGCCCUGCCUUCACUGAUUUUGUGUGUGGGAAUGAGAAUUGCAUAGAGUCUCAGUUCGUCUGUGACUAUAAACCAGACUGUGAAGACUUAUCUGAUGAAGCUGACUGCAGUUACUACACAAAUAUUCCUGGAAGCUGUAACUUUGAAACACAAGACCAAGAAUGGACAAGUGUAUGUGGAUUAACACAAGACCCUAAUGAUGAUUUUGACUGGAAUAUUAGCAAGAGUGCUGUCAUGGGACAAAUGGGUCCUCAUACUGACCACACACCAGGUAAAGGACAGAGGUUUUUGUAUGUAAACUCAUCUGCCCAGAAGGAAGGAAACAGAGCAAGGAUAACUACCACCAAAUUCUUCCCAGCUAGUCUUGGGGUCUGUAGGGUUCGGUUCUGGUUCUGGAUGUUUGCUUCUAGGCAAACAGGAGUCUUAAAGGUAUAUACAGUUGAAGAACAUGGAAUGGAUAUUCUUAUGUGGUCUUCUAGUAGAAAUGAAGAAAACAAAUGGAUGUAUGCAAGUGUAGUCCUCUCCAGUAACAGCCCUUUCAGAGUUGCCUUUGAAGCUGAAGUGGGGUGGAGUGAACCCACAGAAUUUGCUCUAGAUGAUAUUUCUUUCACCCCAGAAUGCAUUGAUGGAGGAUCAGCUGAUCCACACCCUCCAACUUGCAGCACUGACAAGUUCACAUGUGCGUAUGUGCAGCAGUGUUUGUCCCUCGCUGCAAGAUGUAACGGGGUUGAAGAUUGUAUGGAUGGAAGUGAUGAAAUGAAUUGUCCCAUGGAGAGGCCUACCACUGUGACUCCAGGCUCCUGCAAGGAAACAGAGUUCCUAUGUCCCUCCACUGGCUGUAUCCCAUCCCUCCUGAAAUGCGAUGGUGUGCCUGACUGCCGCCUUAACGAAGACGAAAUUGGCUGCCCCAUUAAAGAUUGUUUCAAUGGUUCUUUGUUGUGUGCGUCAAUUAAUCAAUGCAUAGCAGUCUCCCAACGUUGCGAUGGAAUUGCAGACUGCAUUGAUUUCAGCCUUGAUGAGUCCAGCUGUUCAGUUUGUCCUGAAGAAUACUGCAAAAAUGGAGGAAGAUGUAUCAUCAAAGGUGACAUUCCAUUAUGCCAAUGUGGAAAAGAAUGGGAAGGAAACCGUUGCCACAUAAGUGCUAAGCCUCCUCAGCCUCCAACUCUCCUACAAAAUGAUAUUUGGAUUGGGUUUGGUAUUGGUUUCUUGUUGAUUAAAAUUACAGCUGCUGCCUUGUAUUUUCUUUCGAAGAAGAAAGUGCCAGAAACGAAAGUACAGGAAACUGUAAAUGUGUCAUUUGCCAAUCCAUUGUACAAAGACCUUAGUUCAUCUGAGAAAGUAAAGUCUUCUGGGUAUGCCGCCUCACCUGCUGUUCAAAUCAGUGUUUCACCAUGGCAUGAGUAUCUGUUUAAUGAAAAUGUGAAUGCUACUUCUUUUCCAAAUCCUCUCUAUGGUGUAGCAUCAGAAGACAUGGAGAAAUUAUGUAGUUCCUUGAAAACAUAAACCAGGAUCAAUAUUGAUGGUAACUCUUUGCCUGAAGAUUUUUUCUAAAAUUUGAAAGUAUGUCAUGAUACUGUAGUGUUUGCAAUAUGAAUGAAUAACCCUUCAUAGAAAAAUUCUCUUAUUAAAACAAUUGUGUUCAGAAAAUAACUUUAUAUUAAAAAUGGAAUCCAUACAUAAGUAAAACAUAAUUACAUAUAGUCUUCUGUCAUUUCUG